AUGUUUUUUUCAUUUUUCUUAGGACAUAUUCUUUCAUAUUCGAUUGACAUUGACGAAGAUGAGUUCAAUGAGUACUACUCUAAGCAAAUAGAUUUAAUGUUUUUCUUUUACGGCCCGAAAUGCGAUGAAUGUAACUCAAAAUUGCAAGAUUAUGAUGAUGCUUCAUUUUUCUUUAAGAAAACACGUUUUGUAACUGUCAAUUGCCAUAAAGAGGACAUGUUAUGCAAGAGAAUGUCUGUUGUUACAUUACCUGCAAUAAAAUACUUAACAUUCAAUCCAGAAAAUCAUAUUAAUUAUCGUGGAUCGUACACAUUAAAGAGUAUUGUAAACUUUACUGAGCAAGUUUCUAAAGAAAAACCUGAAUAUCAAAGAGCCAAUCCAAAAUCAAUAAACAAAUUCAACAUUAAUGACUACACAGAUCAAAAAUGUCUAGUAUCUGCAUUUUACACCCCGCAAUCAAUAUCAUCGCUACCAUUUUUCCCUGUUGUACGAAAUAUGACCAGAGUAUUCGAAAAUGAGAACAAUAUUACUAUAUCUACAAUAAACUGCCUCGAAAGUCCCACAUUAUGUGAAGGAUUUCCAAUUUCUUCACUUCCUGCUUUUGCUUUGUAUCAAAAUGGCAAAUUCUUGAAGUUAAAUGGUUCAUCAUUAGAGGGUACCGUAGAAGAUAUCAAUAACCAUUGCGGAACAACAAAAUUAGUUAAUGGUUUCAAGAAAAGAAAAUCUUGUGUUUCCUACUUUAAUCAAAGAAUAAGAAGUAAGAAUAAAAAUACCGAAGGUCCGGAGGAAUGUGUAGAGAUCUAUAACUUAGAUAAAGAGCUUUUACAAAUUAAACCACAAUUAAAACAAAUAUUAAAGCAAAGGAAUGCUUCGCAGGAUCUAUUAGAUAUCGCAUAUAGUAAAUUGUGUGCUAUAGAGGAACUUGAUAGUGUAAUUGACUCGAUUUUGGAUGAAGAAGAAGAAAAUCUUUAA